AUGGACAAACCCUGCUUUAAAAAAGUGAAGAACCAACAUGAGCACACAAAGGUCAUCAGUCAAAAGGCCUUUACGACGUCCACAUUGGUGCAGACUUUCCUCAAAGUGGUCAAGCAGAGUAUUUGGAGUUCGUGUCAGCUGUUGUGCUGCUCGAUAGACGAUCUACAGUGGGACAGACGUGUCUUGUGUUCAUGGUGUCUAGGUAAACACGGACAGGGCCACACAGGGAAACUGUGCACAACUGCAGAAGCAGCAGCCUGGAAUCCACCAUCCAACAUUUUGAUUGUCAACAUCAGCAACUCCACUCUGACUGAAUGUGUCAUUGGGAAUGAGACCACUCUCCCCACUGUGACAGAAAAACAACCACUAAAGCAAAGAAAUAUUUGGGACUUACAUUCAAGUAAAUCUAGAGGCCCGCCAAGGAUCCUGAUUGACAACUCAAAUCUCAGCUUUGUCAUCUUUGGGGACAACAACUACAUGCACGUGCAGCCGACUGAGGCAAGGGAUGAGAGUGAGGAGGACCAUGAAGAGGGCAGCUGCUCCGUCCAGGAGAAGAAUGUUGUCUGA